CCCACAGCCCCCCGGGGCUCAGCAGCACCUGGGGCCGCAGCAGCUGUGAGAUGAGGCAGCUCUGGUAGCGCUGACACGCGGGGACACGCGUGGGGACACACGAGGACACGUGGGGACACAUGAGGACACGCAAGGACACGUGAGGACAUGACCGGGACGCUGGGGUCCCCCGGACGCCUGGGCCCCCCGGAUGCCGGAAGCGGGGCGGCCCCGGAGGAAGGUGGCGGUUGGCACCGCGGGGGCCAUGGGGGGGCCCUGGGGGGCCGCCGGCCUCCAGCUCCUGCUGCUGCUCGCGGCCACCGGCGCCGCCCGGGGGGGUGGGACCCGCGGCCCCCCCGCCCGGACGCCUGGGCCCCCCGCAGCCCCCGGGGCCGAGCUGCGCUGCCUCCGCCUGGGCCCCGCCGGGGGGAUGAACUGCAGCUGGGGGGGCCCCGCGCCCCCCCCCGGCCCCCUCGUCCUGCACUACCGGAGCCUCAAGCUGGGGCAGCAGGCCCCGGGGAUGGCGCGGGUGCCGCCGGGGCGGCCGUGGGUGCUGGUGCCGCGGGCCGAGCUGACGGCGGGCGACGUCUACGCCGUGUGGGUGCAGGCGCCCGGCGGGAGACGCCUCACCCGGCCCCUCACCGUCCCCCUCGACCUCAUAGAGAAGCCGCCGGCGCCGAGGCUGCGGGUGGAGGCACGGCCGGGGCUGGCGCUGCGCUGGAGCUGGGAGCGGGAGCGGGAGCAGGACCGGGAGCGGGACCGGGAAUGGGAGCAGGAGCGGGAGCGGGGCUGGAGCGGGGCUGCGGGCGGGGGGGCCCCACGCUGCGCCCUGCGCUACCGCCCCCGCGGCCGCCCCGCCUGGAGCACGGUGGCCGAGGCGGAGCUGGAGCCGGGCGGCUACGAGUUCCCGGGGGGGCGGCUGCCGCCGGGGGCCCCCCACGAGGCGCAGGGCCGCUGCGCCCACCCCCCCGGGCCCUGGAGCGACUGGGGCCCCCCCGCCGCCUUCACCACCCCCCUGGCCGCCCUGCCGGCACCGCCGCGCGCCUGGCGCCUGCUGGAGACGUCGCCGCGGGGGGGGCGACGGCUGCUGCUGCUCUGGGAGGAGCCGUCGGGGGCGGGGGGCCGCGCGCGGGGCUACUCGGUGACGACGGAGCCGGGGGGGGGCCGGGCCCCCCGCCGCCGCCUGCGCCCCCCCUGCUGCCGCCUGCGCCUGCCCCCCGGCACCGCCCGGGCCGCCCUGCGGACCCACGGCCGGGCGGGGGCCUCCGCCCCCCUCCGCCUCCGCCUCCGCCCAGGUGGGUCUCGGCGCAGGGACGGCCCCGGCGCGGGGGGGCAGCGCCCCAGGGCCCCCCCCGAGCUGGGGGGCAGCGGCCAGCGGAGGCCGGGAGCCGGGAGGAGCCUCCGGCUGCUGGACGCCCCCGGCGCCGCCGUCCCCGUCCUGGGCAGCGCCGUGCUGCUGGCUGCCGCCGCCGUCGCCCUGGCCGGGCUGCGCAAGGGGCGCUGCCGCCGGGCGCUGCCGCCCUGGUGCUGGGAGCCGGUGCCCGACCCCCGGCGCAGCCGCGCCGCCCGUGCCCAGGACCCCCCCGAGCCCGUGGGGCCGCCAGUCCCGGAGCCCCCGGAGCCGCCCGUCAGCCGCGUGUCCGUGGUGAGCCGGGGGCCGCCCCACUGCCGCUGCCGCCCCACGGAGACCGACACGGACACGGACACGGACACGGGGCGGCUGCCCCACUGCCGCUGCCGCCCCACGGAUACCGACACGGACACGGGGCGGCCGCCCCACUGCUGCCCCACGGAUACCGACACGGACAUGGAGCGGCCGCCCCACUGCCGCUGCCGCCCCACGGAUACCGACAUGGAGCGGCUGCCCCACUGCCACUCCUGCCCCACGGAUACCGACACGGACAUGGAGCGGCCGCCCCACUGCCGCUGCCGCCCCACGGAUACGGACACGGAGCGGCUGCCCCACUGCCACCCCACGGAUACCGACACGGACACGGGGCGGCUGCCCCACUGCCGCUGCUGCCCCACGGAUACCGACACCGACAUGGACACAGGCACGGAGCGGCUGCCCCACUGGUGCCCCAUGGAUAUGGACACGGACACGGAGCGGCUGCCCCACUGCUGCCCCAUGGACAGGGACCCCGAGCGGCCACCCGGCUCUGGGGACCCCGGCAGGGACAUGGACACGGCUGCAGAGCCGCACGCGGAGCCGGACACGGACGCGGACACGGACGCGGAGGCCGGCGGCGUCGCCCCGCCGGGGGGGUCGGGCUACGAGCGCCAUUUCCUGCCCUCCCCCGAGGAGCUGGGGCUGCUCUGAGCCCCGGACCCCCCCGGGCAGCCCGGGGACGACGCGGAUCCGGCCCGGGAACGACACGGCCUCCAAGGGACACCCGUGGCCAGGGCCCCCCCCCACGGAAACCCCAGCCCUGCCCGUCCCCAUGUCCCCAAGUCCCCCGUCCCUUUGUCCCCUGUCCCCCCACGUGUCCCCGAUGUCCCAUGUCUGUGUUCCCCAUCCCAUGUGUCCCCGUGUCCCCGAUGUCCCCCAUGUCUCCACAUCCCCCCAUAUCCUCUUGUCACCCAUGUCCCUUCUUGUUCCCAUGUCCCUAUGUUCCCCCAUGUCCCCAAUGUCCUAUGUCUUCGUGUCCCCACAUCCCCCAUGUCCAUGUCCCCACUGUCCCUCCUUGUUCUCAUGUCCCCAUGUCCCUCCUUGUCCCCAUUUCCUCGAUGUCCCCAUGUCCCUCCAUGUCCCCCAUGUCCCCACAUCCCCCAUGUCCAUGUCCCCAGUGUCCCUCCGUGUGCCCAUUUCCUCGAUGUCCCCAUGUCCCUCCAUGUGCCCCCAUGUCCCUCCUUGUUCAUGUCCGCCAUGUCCCCACAUCCCCCAUGUCCUUGUCCCUAUGUCCCCAGUGUCCCCAAGUCCCUCCACACCUGUGUCCCCACAUCCCCAUGUCCC